CCUGUUUUCAACUUCUCUUUUGUUUCAGGUGUCUCAGGGACUAGUCUUUUUAAUUCUGUUAGCUUGAUGGCUUAUAAUGUUUUCUACACUACUGUUCCUGUUCUAGUCAGUGUCCUAGACAAAGAUCUUAGUGAAGAAACAGUGAUGCAACAUCCACAAAUUUUGUUUUAUUGUCAAGCGGGAAGACUUCUAAAUCCUAGCACAUUCGCUCGAUGGUUUGGAAGAUCUCUUUUUCAUGCAAUUGUUGUAUUUGUAAUCAGCAUACAUGCCUACGCUUAUGAAAAAAGUGAAAUGGAGGAGAUCUCAUUGGUUGCUCUCUCUGGAUGUAUUUGGUUGCAGGCUUUUGUUAUGAUAUUAGAAACAAAGUAAGUUUCUUUCUAUUAAGCAUGCUUUGUUGAUUCAAAUUUGACUCUUCGUAAAGCCUUCUUGCUGC